AUGAUGCAGAGUAGCCCUGCAAGAAAGGCAUGUGAUAUCUGCUACCACAAACGAAUUCGAUGUGAUGGACAAAAGCCUCGCUGUUCCCAUUGCGUUUUGUAUAACUCGUCGUGUACAUUCCAGGCCAGGAGCCGGAAGGCAAGGAACUCGAAACAACGACCUUCUGCGUGUGUGGAUGCACUGAAGGGUGAGGUUCAUCGUCUGGAGACAAGUCUCAAUGAAGCGCAGCAGAGGAUUAAAGAGCUUGAAGGUCAAGUAUCGCUACAAACUGAUGCACUUCCCACUGAUGACUCUAUCUACGCUUCUGAGGAGUACGUCAUCAUUCCACCUGAGAUAGACUCUGGUGGUAAUGACAAGGAGCUACCGCCACGGCAAGAGGUUUUGUCAGCGGCCAACAAGUACCUAGACACUUUGAACUCCGUCUUGCCUCUUUUCCACCCUCAGAAUCUGAUGAACUCCAUCAACCGGUGGUAUGACAAUCCCGAGUCCCGAGAGACUUCAACCUGGGCAGCAAUAAAUGUUGUCGUUGCCCUGAUCUACCGUCAAAACUCCCUCGUAGGAGCCAAAUCGAGCACUGCAGUGAGAUUCCUCAACAACGCACAGACUGUGCUCAACGAAGUCUUGACUGGCGAGCCAAAACUCCUCGAUGUUCAAACACUCAUCGGCAUGGUUCUGUUCCUUCAAGCUGCUUCGGACCUGAAACCAGCCACGACGCUUAUGGCCAUUGCAUUGCGUCUUGCGCACAGCUUGGACCUCCAUACUCGAUCAAAUCCGGCAGUUCUAAGUUCUUCGGAGAUGCUGGAGCGAGAUCGUGUGUUUUGGAUCGCCUAUAUCUGUGAUCGUGAUAUAGCAAUACGCACGAGACUUCCACCACUACAGAACGAGAAGGAUAUUAGUAUUGACUGGCCAUCUGCUAGUCCAGUCGACAAAGCUGGACUGAUUACCACCCGUGAUGGUACUUCCAGCUUCAACUUCUUCUUGUCUCGUGUGCAGCUCGCACAUAUCCAGGGUCAGAUCUAUGAAGCUACACAACCCCCACUGUCGCCAGCAUCGGAAGCCCACAUCCGUCUAGAGAACGUGACUCGAAUCCACCGUAUGCUGGACAGCUGGUAUGCUAGCGUACCCCCACCCUUCCUCCCCGGCGCCAUUGUCCAAGCUGGAGACGUAAGUAUAUACAGGCCUCUUGGCGUACUCUACGCAAGUCAUCUUGCCUGUCGUAGCUUGGUCUGCAAGGCCCACGCCAUGGAAUGGCAGUGGUUAAGAAGUUUACAAGAUUUUGGCAGAAAAGCGGCUAUUGGGAUUAUCACAUCACCUCAUCUUCCAGUGGGGUGGACAGAGCUUGUUUACGAGUCCCGUCAGUAUAUGACGCUCUUUACGAAUAUUGAGUCUAAAGAUCCAGCGUUUUACUGGAUGACUGUGUGCACCUAUAUCUCAGGUGCUGUCUGUUUAACGGCCAACAACAUCUUCAAUCCAUGGCAUGAAGACAUGCAAAUUGACAAUGAUCUGGUAAUGCUUUCGUUCAGGUUUUUGGAGGAUAUGAUACGAGAAGCGCCUUCUGAACCGUUGCAGCGCUUAAGAGAUUCGUGGGACGAGCUGUUGCAGCACGCCCGUGCGAGAUCUGCCCAGUUUAUGGUGUCAGACACCGAUUGGCUUGGAAGGAUUUCAACUUGA